AAAAAAAGUAGAAAUAAGAUUAAACCCUUUUUUCUUACGAAUUUACCAAAGUUCUAAGGGAAAAGGCACAAAUACACCCCUAUAGUAUGUCGCAGGCACAACUAAACCCUUAUAAUAUUACGAUCCCAUUUAGUCCAUCAAUACUUUUCUUUCUUUGCAAUCGCUUCACUUGUUCAGUGUUGUGAGGCCAUGCGUCUCAGAUGUUUCUAUAGAACAUUUGAACCCUCAAACCCACAUUACUGCCAUCUCCACCUCACCUUUUCCACUAUCCCAUUCGACCCAAAUCACUUCCCUCAUACUCCUCAAUUCCACAGGUUUAACCAUAUCUUGCAAUCCUGUCUCAGAAAAUGCGAAAUUUUCAAAUCCCAACACCUGUUCGACGAAAUGCCUCAAAGACUAUCUCACUUGUCAACAACCUGCAAAAUUAUUCAUUCUCAAACUCUUCAACUUGGGUUUUGGUCUAAAGGAUACUUGGGCAAUGCAAUUCUUGACCUUUAUACCAAAUGUGGCAAUGUUGAUUCUGCAGAAAAAGUGUUUCAUACGCUUGAAAAUAGAGAUAUUUUUGCUUGGAACUCUAUUUUAUCCAUGUAUUCCAAGCUGAGGUUUCUUGAUAUGGUUCUUAAGUGUUAUGCUACACUAUGGAGUCAUGGAAUGUGGCCUAAUGAGUUUACUUUUGCUAUUGUCUUAUCGAGUUGUGCGAGAUUGGAGAGUGUUGAGUCUGGUAGAUUAAUUCAUUGCCAUGUUGUUAAGAUGGGUUUUAUGUUUAGGUCUUUUUGUGUUGCUGCUCUUAUUGACUUGUAUGCUAAGUGUAAUAGCAUGAGUGACUGUAGGAGGGUGGCUGAUGGUGGAGUGGAUUUGGAUACUGUAUCUUGGACAUCUUUGAUUGCUGGCUAUGUUAAAGCUGGUUUACCUGAGGAGGCAUUGCAAGUGUUCGAAGAAAUGAAAAGGGUUGGCCGUGAACCGGACCAGGUGGCCGUUGUUACUGUCAUGAAUGCAUAUGUUGGUUUAGGAAGGCUUGAUGAUGCAUUUGACUUGUUCUCGAAGAUGCCUAAUUCCAAUGUUGUAGCGUGGAAUGUGAUGAUUUCAGGACAUGCCCAGAGAGGCCAUGAAGCAAAGGCGGUUGAGUUGUUUCAAGAAAUGAGGAGAGUUGGUAUUAAAUCUACAAGAUCUACACUAGGAAGUGUAUUGAGUGCAAUUGCGAGUUUAACUGCUCUUGACUUUGGCUUGCUAGUUCACGCAGAAGCAAUGAAACAAGGUUUAGACUCUAAUGUCUAUGUUGGAAGUUCAUUGAUCAAUAUGUAUGCCAAGUGCGAGAAGAUUGAAGCAGCAAAGAAAAUCUUUGACACUCUGGAUGAGAGAAAUGUCAUAUUGUGGAAUGCCAUACUUGGAGGUUUUGCACAAAAUGGGUGUGCUCAUAAGGUCAUGGAAUUGUUCUCCGAUAUGAAGAGCUCUGGUUUUUAUCCAGAUGAAUUUACAUAUACGAGUAUCUUGAGUGCAUGUUCUUGUUUGGAGCAUCUGGGAGGGGGGCGGCAAUUGCAUUCAGCCAUCAUCAAAAAUAAGUUUGCCUCAAACUUAUUUGUUGGAAAUGCAUUGAUUGAUAUGUAUGCUAAAUCCGGGGUGCUUGACGAUGCAAGAAAGCAAUUUGAGCUCAUGAAGCACAGAGACAAUGUAUCUUGGAAUGCAAUUAUUGUCGGAUAUGUGCAGGAAGAAGAUGAGGUUGAGGCAUUCCUUAUGUUCCAAAAAAUGCAUUCAGUUGGGAUUAUGCCUGAUGAAGUAUCUCUGGCCAGUAUUCUAAGUGCUUGUGCAAAUGUUAAAGGUCUCGAGCAGGGGAAACAAAUGCAAUGUCUCUCAGUCAAAUCUGGUCUAGAAACUAGUCUUUAUGCUGGAAGCUCCCUUAUUGACAUGUACGCUAAGUGUGAUGAGCUUGGUUCUGCACGUAAAAUUCUGUCAUGCAUGCCUGAGCGUAGUGUGGUCUCUAUGAAUGCGCUUAUUGCAGGAUAUGCUCCCAUUAUUUUAGAAGAGGCAGUAAUUUUGUUUAAAAUUAUGCAAGCAGAAGGACUGAAUCCUUCUGAAAUUACUUUUGUUAGCCUUUUAGAUGCGUGUGGCGGACCUCAGCUGUUGAAUCUAGGAACUCAAAUUCAUUGUCUUAUUCUGAAAAGGGGCCUUCAGUAUGAUGAUGAGUUCUUAGGUAUCUCACUCUUGGGCAUGUAUAUGAGAUCCAUGAGAAAAACAGAUGCAGGCGUACUCUUCUCAGAGUUUUCAAAUCCAAAAAGCACUAUAUUAUGGACUGCUAUGAUUUCAGGACUUGCUCAAAAUGAUUGCAGUGGAGAGGCUUUACAAUUCUAUAGAGAGAUGCGAAGCUGCAAUUCUUUACCUGACCAAGCGACAUUUGUUAGUGUGCUGAGAGCAUGUGCUGUCUUAUCUUCUAUGAGAGAGGGUAGAGAGAUUCACUCACUUAUUUUUCAUACUAGUUUUGAUUUAGAUGAAUUAACUUGCAGUGCCCUUAUAGACAUGUAUGCUAAAUGUGGAGAUUUGAGGAGUUCCACUCAGAUUUUUGAAGAAAUGCUUAGUAAAAACAAUGUCAUUUCUUGGAACUCAAUGAUAGUUGGAUUUGCUAAACAUGGGUAUGCAGAAGAUGCAUUGAGAGUCUUUGAUGAGAUGAAGCAAACACAUGUUACGCCAGAUGAUGUCACAUUUCUCGGCGUCCUCACUGCUUGCAGCCAUGCAGGAAGAAUUUCUGAAGGCCGUCAAAUCUUUGAUAGUAUGGUGAAUUACUAUAGGAUUCAGCCUAGAGUGGAUCAUUGUGCCUGCAUGGUUGAUCUUCUCGGCAGAUGGGGUUAUCUUGAAGAAGCUGAAGAAUUCAUCUGCAAACUUAGUUUUGAACCUCAUGACAUGAUUUGGAAUACAAUGCUUGGGGCUUGCAGGAUACACGGUGAUGACGUUAGAGGUCAACGAGCUGCUGAGAAGCUCAUCGAGCUUGAACCUCAAAAUUCUUCACCUUAUGUGCUUCUCUCUAACAUUUAUGCUGCAUCAGGAAACUGGGAUGGGGUUAAUAUUUUAAGGAGGGGAAUGAAAGAGAAAGGAGUGAAGAAGUUUCCUGGAUGUAGCUGGAUUGUAGUAGGAGAGGAGACAAACUAUUUUGUUGCUGGACACAUGUCUCAUCAUUCUAGUGCUGAGCAAAUUGAUGUACUUCUAAAAGAUUUGACAGGCCUGAUGAGAGAAGAUGGAUAUUCUACUCUUAUGGAUAUUUUUAUCGAGCAAUAGUGAAAAAAUCAUUUUUGUCGAUCCCUGGCUGCUUAAGCAGUGAAGAAGUCCCCACUAAAGCUUGCCUCAAAACAAUGGAAGGUACUUUGGUGGAUAAAGAUUAGAGUUUUGGUUCCGGUGCGGAAGAAUUUGCAUUUCUCCAUAACCUGUAGAAUGCUGAAACGGAUGAUGAAGCUAAGCUUGGUAAAAGAACAUAUCAUUACAGUCCGUGUUAUAUACAGCAGGUCAACCUCGUAAGUUAUUCGUUGACGAAUUUGCAGGUGCACAUGAAUCAAGCUGUUUCCAUAUGUUUUGCAUGUCAUGAUGCCAAUGAUAUUCUGAUGUCAAAGAACACACACUUAACUUAGAUCUGAAGCCACUGAUAUCAUUGAGAUGAACUUGAAGUUUUCAGCCAAAAUCAAAGAGCACAUGAAGAAACUAAUUAGGGCCCAGAAGCUGUUGAGAAACUCAAAUUGCAGAAUGUUAAUUCUGUGCACAUUGGAAAAAGGACAAAUUUGGGGGAAGAAAUUGAGCUAGAGUUUUGUUCUUGCUAAUGACAAGUCUCAUAUAAAUGCUAUGUCACACUACACCGAGAAGGACUUUCAGCAGCGAAAUUGAAGAGAUUCUUUUAUAAAGCGUCACUGAUUGUGUGUUCGUAAAUGUAACGGCGUUUAUCGAGACGGUUGUUAUUGUGCAGCAGAUUAGUUUCUGUAAAAAUGCUGAUGUAACUCCUUCAACUUGAGGAAAUGUAGUUCCGUCUAUAAUCAGCUUUGGUCCAUAUAUGCAGCUGGAAACACCAUUCCUAUUCCAUUUUUGAAGGCAACAUAUAUAACCCUAAUUGCUCUCGUCAGAAAAUAUGAUUGGAAGCAUACAGCGGGACAACAUGGAAGCAGAGGAAGUGCUUCAAGAGCUUUUUAGCGGCGAUGAACAAUCUAGAAAGGCCCGGCGGUUCUCUGUCUUUCUAAUGUGCAUACAUGAGUGCACGCUCAUGCCGAAAAUAUUGGUGGUUUAUUGAUAUAUCGAUCUGAUGUGAUGUGGAUGCCACUUCCUGCAAGUGUUUACAAAAGACUGACUUCAAGUUCUACCCUGCUGAAUCUGGCACAUUAUCAAUUGAACAUGAAUCAAGCAAAUAUAAUGCGUCAAUUUUUUUACCAUGCGCAUUGUUAGUACUAUAAUAUUAUGAAACUAUGUUUAGAAUAUUAAUAAUGAUUGUUUUAGACAUGUCUAUUUAAAUUUGUUAUAGGGGCGGUUAAGAGUCGUUGUAUAUACCCUGAUGGUUUUUGAUUACCAUGCAUUUACUAUAUUUUAUAGAGACAGCUGCUACAGUAGCAUAUUUAAGGCGGUUUUUAAA